UGUUGAUGGUUCAUGUUGGCGCUCUUGACUUGGGUCUCUCUCUCUCCCCGGCACUCUGAUCACUCAGUAUUCAAGAGUGGAUUUUGGGGACGACGACGACUGGAAUUUCAGUGCGGAAGAGACGCUUUCCAGAAACUCUCUCAGCAAAGCAACGCAUCAACUCCGCUUCCACUUGUCAACUCUAAAGUCUGAAGUCUGAAGACGGAAUCUUUCUCUCAAGUUUCUAAACAAAAGUGAAGUGAUUGAAGGAUCUUCCAGGUCCUGUUUGAAUAUGGAGGUGGACUUGGAUAGAAUCAGCAACUUACCGAAUGAGGUUAUAGACAAAAUAUUGUCAAGUUUGCCAUUGAAGGACAGAGCGAGGACGAGUAUUUUGUCAAGCAAGUGGAGGUACAAAUUCGCUAUGCUUCCACGUCUGGUGUUUGAUCAUCAGUACACCUGCAAGGUUGUUGAUCAUGUACUCUUAAGUCACAUUGGCCCGAUAAGCAAGUUUCAGCUUACUCAAGGAUCCAAAGACAUCAAAGAUAUUGAUCGGUGGAUUCUUCACCUGUCAAGACACCCUAUCAAUGAGUUGAUACUUAAAUUUUCUGUAAGGCCGCGCUACAAGAUGCCUUCAUGUAUGUUUUCAUGUCAAGAUUUGAGUCAUUUGAAUUUGAAUAAUUGUUUGCUAAAACCCCCUUCGGCAUUCAAAGGCUUCAGGAGUCUGCAAAGGCUUAUCAUUAAGCGUGUUACGCUGGCCCAAGAUGUGUUGGACAAUAUGAUUGUUUGUUCUCCUCUGCUUGAGAGGUUGACUUUGGAGAACUGUGACGGUUUCAGACAACUCAAGAUUGAUGCACCCAAUCUUCAAUUCCUUCUCUGUAUUGGUGCUUUUGAUGAUUUCAGUAUUGUGAAUACUUUGAAUCUUGCUGUUGUUCGCAUUCGUUUUACAAACCUACCAGUUCGUCGUAGUUCUGGCAAUUUGCUCAAUUUUUUUGCUAACCUGCCUCAGGUUCAGAGUCUCCAUGUUAAUUGGUUCUGUUUGAAUUAUCUGGCUGCUAGUCCUUUGCUAGAAAAGCUGCCCAAACCAUGUCUACAUUUGAAAGUUCUUGAAAUAUACAUGUCCUUUGAUGGGGUGGAGCAUGUUUCAACUGCUCUUUGCCUUCUGAGAAGCUCCCCUGCUCUAGAAACACUAAAUAUCAACGCUAUAAAGUGCCAAGACCAAGCUGAUGUGGGAGCAGUGAACUCUUGGCUGGAUAACAACUGGAGUUGUUCAGUCACCCAACUGCGACAUGUGAAAAUACAGCGCAUAUCUGGUGUUGAAGCUGAACUGGAUUUUAUCAGAUUUCUGCUUAUAAGUUCACCGGUACUUGAGACAAUGACUGUUGUGCCUGAUGCUGCUGAUGAAAAUCCACAUCUAGUUGUUCUCCAAAAUUCUUUGGAUAUAGUUAAAAAGUUGCUCCGGUUCAGGCGUGCCUCACCGAAUCUAGAGAUUAUAUAUUAGACCCAUGAUUCAUCAAUGUAUUAUGGUAGCUGAUGGUAUUUGCUUUCAGAAGUGUGACUUUUGUACUACUCGCUAUGAUGUAUUUCUAUUUGGCUGAAAAUAUCUCAUACUAGCAUUACGUUUCUUUUUUA